CUUGAUGUCGCGGUCCCGCCUUGUGGACGCAGCGCUGAGGCACCAAGAUGCAAGAUGCGCACCAGACGUUCACAGUUUGGGAGGAGCUUGCCAUAUUCCGGCUUGUUUCUUACCACUGUCGGAUGCAGACGCGCUUUGGAGAGGCGAUAUAAAGCGAAAGAAGCAAGGCGGGCCUGAUUCCCUCUCAGGUGUUUGCAUAACCUGAAGAAGAAAUGAGCCCCCCAGGUACAUCCAACAGCACAGGAGAAUGGGAGCCUGAUGAAACGGACACGUGGAUUCUUUCCAACGGAAGCAUGGAUUUAAACCAUCAUGGUUUCCACACAGACAUAACCAAACACAUCUGGGUGCAGAUCACCCUCAUCACAGCUUAUUCCCUCAUCAUCCUGUUGGGGCUUCUCGGGAACGCGCUGGUCAUCUACAUGAUCAUCCGCUACAGGAAUAUGCGAACAGUCACCAACUUCUUCAUUGCCAACUUGGCCCUUGCAGACUUGCUGGUGGACACUCUGUGCCUUCCCUUCACGCUGGUGUACACCCUGCUGGAUGAGUGGAAGUUCGGUGCCGUGCUGUGCCACAUGGUGCCCUUCGCCCAGGCCUUGAGCGUGCACGUGUCCAUCCUGACCCUGACCGUCAUCGCCUUGGAGCGUUACCGCUGCAUCGUCUUCUACCUGGGCCAACGCCUCACGUGGCACUCCAGCUUCCUCAUCAUGUCUUUCACUUGGACUAUCUCGGCGGUCCUGGCGGCACCCUUGGCCAUCUUCAGAGAGUACCGCUACGAAGAGAUCCCCUCCAUUAAUUUGCACUUUGCCGUAUGCUCCGAGAAGUGGCCUCACGGGACCAGCAGGGACGGCGUCAUCUAUAGCCUCUCCAUGCUGCUCCUACAGUACAUUAUCCCUCUAGCAAUCAUCAGCUAUGCUUAUAUUUGCAUCUGGGUCAAGCUGAAGAAUCACAUCAGCCCGUGUACUCGCAAUGAUGCCAUUGCGCGCCGCAAAAAGACUACCAAGAUGUUAGCUCUGGUGGUGGUGGUGUUUGCCAUCUGCUGGCUGCCCUUCCAUGUCUUUCAGCUGGCCAGCGAUCUGGACCUGGUUCUCAUGUUCAAGGAGUAUAAACUAAUAUACACCGUGUUCCAUAUUGUGGCUAUGUGUUCCACCUUUGCUAACCCGCUCCUCUACGGCUGGAUGAAUAAAAACUACCGGAAUGGGUUCUUAAUGGUCUUCCGCUGUGAGGAUAAGCCGGAUUCUUUCCACGCCGAGGGCUCCUUCAGGACUCGCUCUAUGAGGCGGCUGACGCUCAACGGCCGUAACGGCGGACACCCGCCGACUGCUGUGUGAGAUGCCGGAAGACAUUUCCACAUGUUGCAAUUUUGCGGCACUCGCGGUACAAAGUAGGCAUGGGCAUUUCACCGACUUUACUUGAUAUUUUUUCAAUAGGAGUGGAGGAUCAAUCUUUCUCUGUGAAUGUUCUGAACUCCUCUUUCCAUGUCAUCAUUGUAUCAUGCCGCCUGCAGGGGCGUAUUUGGGGUUCUGAGAGCCCGCCACAUCAGUGCACUGCAAAUAAAUGUGAAUAUUAAAGUUGAUCAUAACUAGAGUAUAAAUCUGACAAAAUUCACCAAUUUCCUAGAGUGGACGUAAUGCAAAAUGCUCACAUCUUUGUGGUAAAACCCGUUGCUUGUGUUCCUCUCCACUUCAUCUCUCCUCUAUCCUUACAGCAGCGCUGCCGCUACUGACAAGAGCGUCUAGUUCUCACGCUUGUCAGUUGUGCACAUUUCGGUAGUCCUGAUAAAAACUGUUUUCCUUUGACUUCUUCUACCCUCCAUUUGGAUAAUAAUGCCAUUUCAUUUUGCCUCACUGCAGGCAAACUAGUUUGUUGUCCUGAAUCAAGUCAGCAAAUGUGUAUGAUAAUAGUCCAUUGCAUGAGGGGGUGGGGUAUUUGACGCAAUGAUAAAUGAACCAAUUCCAUUUAUUUAUAAGCAUGUGAAUCAAGACUAAAUUGUGACUGCUUUAAAUCGCAAAAAACAUUCUGAGAUGAUGGGGGGGGAGGAAUCUUUGGAUCCAUAAUGGUAAAUCCAGCCGUGGCUCACAUUUUUCAUAAGACUACAAACUAAUUGCUAUUGAAUCAACAGUGCCUUUACUUUUUUCCUAGCGCAUCAGUUUUUGAGAUAGUUUAAUUUUUUGGUUUUUAAGCUUAACUUGUAAAAGCCCGCACAAUACCAAUUUUACCACGUAUAGCUGAAUCUAACACUUAGUUUGAAUGUCACUGUAUAAACAUUUUGUUAUUUAUUGCUGUUAUUAUAUUAUGAAAACCUGAUGUGCUACAAAAAAAACAUCAGCCUAAAAAAUAAUCUUGACAUUCUUACGCCUAUUGCUGAUUAAAAAGAAGAACAUUAGAAGAGACCAGUAUAAACGAUUGCAAAACAAUAGUCAGAAUUCCUUACAAUCAAUUAAUUGAUGACUCGGUCGUUAUGCCCAUCCCUGGUACAAAGUCAGCCCUUUGACCUCAACGAUCCAGCCGUGAAUUUGUGUCUUGCUUUGUGUAAAGCAAUUAUUCCAUUUGUGAAUGUUCAUAGUGAACCCAAUGUAUUCAAAUGAUGCUCAUUUGUGUGUUCACUAUUUGUGUAACCUGUACGUGUUUGUCAUUAAUGCAAAUGACUUGUUGGUAAAUAAUGUCCACUUAAUUAUGAAGUCAACUGCGUUUGUUAAAUAAUGUGUUCCUUCUUCCUGUCUCGGAAGAAGCCGUGUUCUUGUGAUUACAAGGCUAAUUUUAUUUUUCUAAAGACAUUUUAUUUUUAUUUGCAGAAUUUAUUGCGGUGGCGUUUAGCGUGAACUGAGCGCCAUUUGAAAACGUCCACUAACAGUUGUUGCUGCAUCUCUGCUUUUGGAAAUUAAUUAGGUUGACCUGAAGGCACUCCAGCUCAGAUGCAUCAGCGUGGUUCCUUUUAAAGUGAAAAACGGGAUCAUGUGAACGAAGUGCAACGAGGUGUCGAAGAGAAUGUACCAGAGGGCUCUUAAAAGGGGUUUCGAUUAAGAACCUCUAUUCUUUUUUAACUGUUAGCUGCUAAACUGCAUGUGCUUUGCUGGUUGUGUUUUCUCAACAACACACCUUCCAACUAAAAGCCAAACUGGCACUUUGAAAAUGUGACACCUUGUCAAACAGAAAGCUCUGCUGUGUCAAGGAAGUGUGUCGGUAAAUAGAAUGAUGACAACACCUUGUGGACUUGGGCCUAUGACCUCCAUUCAAACAGGCAGUCAGAAAAGACGACUGUUUGCUGAGUUUGACAACUCCACCAAUAAACUGCUUUUUGAACAAUGCAAAUAAAACAAACACAACA